CCGGUCGCAGGAAAUUAGGACUGGUGCGCAAACAGAAACAUCCCCUGGGAUUAGUGGAAAUACGCGUUGAAUGGCGCCAUAAAUUGCAAUAAAGACGAUUUUAUUGUUAUUGACUUCGUGCAAUGAUUUAAUUUGUUUACUGUGAUGCAAAAGGCAGGCUGAAUGUUCCAAUCGACCCUUUUUUUACUCUAAUUGAAAUGAGAUUUAGGAAAUGGAAAAAAAUCAGUACGCCAAAAAAUGUCAUGCGGUUAAAGUUUAAUGCUGUUUGUAAUCCAGAUUUCCAGCGCCACUGGAAAUUUCACAGCAUAUUGUAGCCAAUUUGAAAAUAGUGGCAAAUUCCAAAAGAUUGCCUGUUUUCAACUGUACUUACCAGUUAUAAACUCAGUUAAAGCUAUCAGAUGAAUUAUCUAUUUAGUUAUAAUUCAGCAGCAGCAGGUUUGAUUUAUCUUUUUUAUAAAACCCUCUUUUUCUUCAUACGGCGACAUGAAACGUUUUUUUUUUCGCGAUGAGGGUAUAUUUUAGAAAUCAAUUUGUUUGUCUGUUUUCGGAAGCCCCCAGACGGGAAAGUAAACCUCAGAAAAUUGAAUUAUUGAUUCUUCUUGAUCCAUUUUGACCGGUAGUGUAUGUUGCAUUAAAAGCAAAUUCAUUCCAGCGCCCUAUUCCGUCUGAAGUGAUAAUCCCGAAUAACCCCACAAUCCCAAGUGAGUUUCCACACCCAGUAUCUAUUCUAUUAAUCUAUCGACUGUAGUUCUAAUUUAAUUAUUCAAAAUUUUCUGUCCUUUUGAUCCAACUUGCGAAGAAAGUGGCCUAAUAUUUAGGCUCGGUGAGAUUUUUUUCUUCGAACAAUUUCGGCGUGAUUACUCUCCCAAACUAAACUGUUAUUUCGCAUUUAAAUUUGUUCGACUUUCAUUAGAUGUCUGUGCAACCAAACCACUUUGUUUUUUUUUGUUUUCCCUCAUCCUGCCGAGAUAACAUACCCAUCCCCUUUACCCCAACUCCUGCAAGGCAUUAUAAUUGAAUUCACAGUUUUGGCCUUGCAUUACACAGGAUUUUACUCCUUUGAAAUUUAAUCCCUCUUUUGAAAAUUCACUUCCGCAUUUUUGUGCUGUUGUUUUUAAGUUUUCAGCCGUUUCCUGAAUCGGACAUCGUUUUGGUGCUGUCGAAGUGUCAAGAUGUCUUAGGUUACUUUAUUUUGUUCUUUUCCACUCUCGUUUGGUGGUUUUUUUUAAACUGUUUUUGAAAAUAUUUGGUUGAAAAUUCUAUUAAUUUGCAGGGUGUUCUUUAAAGAUUAGCACAGCUUACCUUUAUAAUCGUGUUCCUUAUUUGGUGCAAAGGUCGAUAGUGGUCAAUAACACAACACGACAGGCAAAUAGGGCUAUUUGCGCCUUCCUUUUCCAAAUCUCAAACGACCUCCUUGCACAAAUCUGCUCUCUAAAUCUCCUAAGGACCAACUGUAUAAUUAUUCGAGAAAUUUCCAGUCCAUUGGUCCGCGGUUCAAAUUGUCACAUAACGCAAAAACUACAGAAAACACCACUGUACACCACCCAUUGAUUCCACAAACUUCAGUCGUAUAACUACCUAAGCUUUUAAUUGAAGCUACACCCAGUAACGAACAUCAAUGCCCGAGGAAGUUCCGGCCAGCCCCCCGACCCCUUGGGCCAUAAUGACUUCAAAACCAUCCGGGAGUGGUGGUAACAAUAGGACAACAAUGGACUUUUUCGCCCUGAUGGAGUCUCAGCCCCACCCCUACGCCGAGCACCCGAUAAUGCGAAUUGUGUCCGAGUACAUGUUUCUAGUCGUGGGAGCGAUUGGAAUUGUGGCUAAUAUUGUGGUCAUUGUAACUGUACUCCUCACAAAACGUCUGAAGACGAACACGUACAUCCUCAUCCUCAACGCUUGUCUGGCAGACCUGCUCGUGCUCUCCUUCAAAACCAUCCCCACCUUCUUCGAGAAGAGGUCCGACCAGUGGACGAUGGGGGCAGUGCUGUGCAAGCUGCACGCACUCAGUUGGACCCUCAGUGAUUGUGCCAGCAUACUCUUCAUGGUGGCCAUCUCGGCCGAAAGAUUCAUAGUGAUCACAAAACCGCUGCAUGCUUCGUCCAUUUUGACUCUUCGAAACAGAGUCUCAACUGUAGUCCUCAUCUGGACAGUGUCGCUUCUCUUCUCCUGCCAGGAGCUGAUCCAUUUCCAGCUGCAAGACAUCUUCGGAAGCCUUGUGUGCACGAAACUGCAUGUGGACUAUCUGAGAUGGUUCCUUCUUCUGGAGUUCCUGCUGUUCUAUCUGGCUCCAUUGGCCACCAUGGUCUACUUGUAUGGGGCUGUGAUUCGGUCCAUAUACCAAAGCAUCAGCAUCCGAAGAGCGAUGGUGGCCGCUCCUUCCGGGUGUGGCGUUGGCAGUGAGGCGAAUGAGACGAACAAGAGCAGACUGAAGAUAGUGUUCAUGAUGAUAGUGGUCGGAGCACUCUUCUUCAUCACCUCAUCCACAGCUAAAUGGUCCAUCCUGUUUUGUACCCACGUACUCGGCUACACUCCCCUGAACGAAUUCGGAGACCACUUCUACGCUUACUUCUUCUUCGAAAACAUCUUCAUCAUCCGCAGCCUGGACAGCUUCGCAAACCCAUUCAUAUACUACGCACUCUCCGCCAACCUACGCGAGGCAUUCUACGACCACGCCACCAAGAACUGUCGGCCAAAACCGACCACUGCAAAUCCGAGCAAUGCACGAGGCAUGUCGACCAUGACGUCACGACAGUUCGGAACCACAACCUCGCUUGGAGCAUCCAAUUACGAGAUGCAUAGCACUGCCCAAAAUGGAAAGAUUUCGGCAUCUAAUCUUUCGGAGGGACCAAAGAGGAAAGAACUGAAACUCGGAGUAGGGGUGAUCACCCAAAAUGAAGAAAAUUUCUCGCGUGUUUAGUUUUAAUGAAAACUUUUUCUAAAGUUUUUUUCGACAAAAUUAUGUCCUUUCAUCAUGAAAAACGGGGUUUUUUUAAACAAAGUUUUCAAAGGCUAUUGACGCAAUUGGUUUAAAAUCAGAGGAGUGGUUAAUUUUACUACAAGUUGUCCAUGUAAUGUGUUAUAGAUUUUUGGUAAGAUAUUCUUAGCUAUAUAUAUAUUUCACUAGGGCUGUGUUUUUUUUUUUUUGAAACAGCAUUUUAUUCCAUCAAUCAAUCUUUCUUGAACUUUCAUCAUAAGAAAUAUUCUUUAAUUAUGCAAAUUUGAUUGCAUUUUUUCUAGUUUCAGUGUUUAGAUAUAAAACUCUUAUAUGCCAUUACGUUUGGUUGAAUAAUACCUUCUAUGUGCAUUGAUGAACUGGGCAGUACUCAUUAAAGUGUAAUGAAUGAAAUGAUUUCAAAACUCGUGCAAUUUAUGUCAUUUUUUAGAAAAAAAUCGAAUUGCUUUGAGUACGAUUUUAGCAAAUGUCAUUUUGCCAUCUGACGGUUGCUUACAGUGAUAAGUUGAAAAGGCUAACAAAAUCUCAGAUUGAAAAAAUGGGAUUUCUAAUUGAGUCAAAGUAAA